AUGGGGGAGGCGGGUCGAAGCUUGUCGCGGUUCGCCCCGAGCCGUCGGAACCGCUCCAUUUCCCGCGGUCCGGAUUCCAGGAGGCAUUUCGUCAAUUCUAAGAGUGACGAUGAACAAGUAUGGGGUUCGUUGAAUAAAUUGGGCAGUGAUGGGAAAAAGGGUGCUUUAGUUAGAAGCAGUUCUGAUGAGUUGGAUGAGUUGAAAGGUCUGCGUACGUGGUCCAGCCAGCAUUCACAAGAUUCUGAUGCAAAUUUGUCUUGUUUGCAAUCUACAAAUUGGGAAGAUGGAGUUUCAGUCGCAGGUUCUUUAUCUGGAGCAGAAGAGAAAGCUGUUAAAGCAGUGUGUGAACGGAUGAAUAUGGAUCUUGGGCAUUCUCAUUUGUCAGUUCAAGGGAAACAUUUGGAAGAUGAUAACCCGAGUACUAGUAUAUAUGAAACAGUUCGAUCUGAAGUGAGACGUGCUAUCUCUGAGAUUCAAAAUGACCUUGAAAGUGCUAUGCGAAGGAGUAAUACUCCAGCACUUGCAACUACCGACAUUGCCGAUAUCCCUCCUGACCUGGUAAAUCCAAGUGCAGUUGAAUUAGUUUUGGACAUCAGAAGAGAAUAUGCCAAAAAGCUUGAGCAGUCUCGGGAACGCUCUAGAAAACUUCAAUCGGACCUGGCUGUUGAGGAGCACCGUGGACAAGAGCUCAGCAGGAUCCUGAAGGAAGUGCUUCCAGAUCCCAAGACCUCUAAUGUGCCAAAAUCACGUCCAGGAAGAAAAGCUAGCAUUGAAAGAAGGAAGAUGUCAAAACGUCUAACAGAAGAAGCCAUGUCUUAUUUUGAUGAGUGUGUAUCCCUAUCAACUUUUGAUAGUUCUGACUUCUCAUCGCCAGAGGACCCACCACUCAACUUAGUUGGCUUUACUACCCCUGUUGGUAAAAGCACAUCUUUACUCCAAGCAAGUUCAACUGCUGCAGUCACCAAUAACUCAAACUCUUGCCACAAUGAUAAACAGGGAUUAAGCAUUGAAAAUCAGUAUACCGAUGAUCGUCAUGCUUCAGGACUGAUGGCGAGCAGUGGUCCUAGGGAGCCACAGAUUAGUCCUAACAGUGCCAACAUGCCCCAGGACUGGAAGUUCUCAUUUGCUCAUAAGCCAACAGAAACCCUUGAGCUUCAACCGGACAUUAUGAAGUACGCCAGACAUUUUGAGAAAGGAAUUGAGAAAGAUGACUCGGAAUUGCAGACUGUAAGAUCAAACUAUUAUGAUUUGGGUGAGUACAAUUUGCAGGCUGCAGCACAAAGCUAUAUGUUCGAUAGGGUAUUGUAUAGAAAUAGAAUAGAGUCGGGUGGUAUUUUACUCUGUGGCAAUGGUAUUUCAGGUCCUUUUUCACAUUUUGCUUCUUUUUUCUGAUAAUGUGGUUGAGGAAUGCGAUAAAUAGAACUAUGUCUCCAGAGUGAGGUUAGGAGUAAUUUUUUAAUUUAUUUUAUAUAUAUAUGGAAAAGUGAGUAAUCUUUUGUUAGCAUGGAAGCCUUGGGAAGAAUGAGGGCGAGAGUCGAACUCUUACCAUGAAUUAGUGUAAUUUUUAUGAAUGAGAGUAAUUUUUAUGAA